AUGAGAGUGAACUUCCUGAAUUCCUUGGAGGUUCAUGUACUNCACGGAGUUGACAAGGAAGGACGACCUGUGUACAUUGAGAGGCUAGGUCUAGUAGAUUCUACCAAGUUGAUGCAAGUCACAACCAUGGAUAGGUAUGUAAACUACCAUGUUAGGGAGUUUGAGAGGACAUUCAAUGUUAAGUUACCAGCGUGCACCAUCGCAGCAAAGAAGCACAUUGAUCAAAGUACAACUAUUCUUGAUGUCCAAGGAGUGGGACUCAAAAACUUCAACAAGGCUGCUAGAGACUUGAUCACGCGUCUUCAAAAGGUUGAUGGUGACAACUAUCCUGAGACCUUGAACAGGAUGUUUAUCAUCAAUGCUGGCUCAGGAUUCAGAAUGUUGUGGAACACGGUUAAGUCCUUCCUUGACCCAAAGACUACAGCAAAGAUCCAUGUUCUUGGCAACAAGUACCAAAGCAAGUUGCUUGAGAUAAUUGAUGAGAGUGAACUUCCUGAAUUCCUUGGAGGUUCAUGUACUUGUGCUGACGAAGGAGGCUGCAUGCGCUCUGACAAAGGCCCAUGGAAAAACCCAGAGAUCAUGCAGAAAGUUCAAAAUGGUGAUCACAAAUGCUCAAAGAGAUCCCAAGCUGAAAACAUUGCAGAGGACACCAUCCCUGAGGGAAAUGAUGAAUGUACAACAGAGCCGACUUCUGAAGAGGAAAAGGCUUCAACAGGGGUCGAAAUUGUCCCAGCCGCUCACCCAGCCUGGAACGUACCAGAAGCUCACAAAUUUUCCCUCUCCAAGAAAGAAGUUUAUGCUAUUCAAGAGGCGUGUAGCAACGCUACAAACGAUGGAGGGAGGUCUCCUAUUUUCACAGGGGUCAUGGCUCUUGUGAUGGGUGUUGUCACGAUGAUUAGAGUGACUAAAAAUGUCCCAAGGAAACUUACCGAGUCCACCUUAUACUCGAGCCCCAUGUACUGUGACGAUGCGUCAAUGAACAAGAGUGCAAUGCAGUCAGAGAAAAUGACUGUGCCUGCAAUAUCAGGGGAAGAUUUCAUGGCCAUCAUGAAACGAAUGGCUGAGCUGGAACAGAAAGUGACCGUCUUAAGCGCGCAGCCAACAGUUAUGCCUCCGGAUAAGGAAGAGAUGCUUAACGCUGCCAUUAGCCGGUCCAAUAUCUUGGAGCAAGAGCUUGCUGCAACCAAGAAGGCUUUGGAUGAUUCACUUGGUCGUCAGGAGGAGCUAGUGGCGUACAUCGAGAAAAAGAAGAAGAAGAAGAAGAUUUUCAACUACUGGUGAGGAACCAUAAAGGGGAAGAAAGCCUCUUGAAGAGUUAGAGGCUUAAAUGGUGGAUUGAUAAUGUUACUUUUUGUGUGUGUGUGUAUGUAUUGUGUAUCCAAAUGUCUCGACCAAUGCGUGCGCUCACAAAUCAUCAAAGCCAAAGCUAACUGUAAAACCAAUUUCUCGUUUUUAACAAACAAAAUUAUUAAAGAAAGUUGAAAAGAAAGAAAAUUUUGUUCUUUCUUUCUGUGUAUAUUAUUAUACUUUCUUAUAAAUUUACAAUG